CAAAAAUAACAAUAAUAUCAGCAGUAACGUAUUAACACCGUUUCUUCUUUCUAAAUCUUCCCAUUCUCCACUUUUCAUCAUCGCGUCAUUCACUUCGAGCUUCCAACUUCUCUGUAGAUUUCAUUCUUUAUUGCUGAAGUCAGUUCCUUUUUUUGACAGCUUAAAUAUUGAGGUCGAAAUUGUGAGUUUUGAAGUUGAUUAUACAAGUGAGGAAACAUGAGCAAUGCGAUUGGGAAUUACUUGCUGCAUCAAAGUUUUUUUUCUCCGACAGUUUUAGAUCAUCAGAGUCGAAGCAAUACUUCAACCUCUGUUUGGGGAAAUACCUUCCUCCAGCCUCUAGCAAAUUCACUAACACGCCGAGCUCCUACAUCUACUGAGUUCCGGGGUAGAAGACUCACCCUGCAGAAAAAUAAAUUACAGAUGGGAAAGGUGCAUACUAUUUUAAGAUCCACAAAGGCUGUAUUGGCUGCUGAUCCAUCUUCUACGCAACAGAUGGAAAAGUUCAGACUCGACGAGAAGGUUGAGUUACAGAUUGAUGUUGGGCUUCCGACAUCUGGUUCUGCUUCAGUAGUAAAUAUUCAAGUUACAAGCAAUAGUGACUGCCUGCUUCUACACUGGGGAGCGAUAAAAAAACAACAAGAUAAAUGGAGUCUUCCACAAUGUCGUCCAGUUGGAACUAUGGUGUACAAGAACAAAGCACUUAGGAGUCCUUUUGUGAAAUCUGGUGCUAAUGCUGCACUGAGCAUAGAGAUUGAUGAUCCUGCAAUAGAAGCUCUGGAGUUUCUGAUAUAUGACGAAGCCCAGAAUAAAUGGUAUAAGUACAAUGGGGGAAAUUUUCAUGUUAAUUUGCCAAAGACAGAAUUAACAACUCCAAAAAUUUCAGUUCCAGAGGAUCUUGUUCAAAUCCAAGCUUAUUUGAGGUGGGAGAGGAAAGGGAAGCAGAUGUAUACCCCAGAACAAGAGAAGGAGGAGUAUGAGGCAGCUCGAAUGGAGCUGUUGGAAGAAGUAGCUAGGGGUGCUUCUACAGAGGACCUUAGAGCAAAAUUAACAAGUAAAAGUGGUGCAAGUGAAAGUAAAGAUAAUUUUGUUUCUGAAUCAAAAAGCAAUAUACCUGAUACAGAAAAAGAUGGUCAAAGGAAAAAGAUACAAACCAAGGGUACGAAAACUAAUUUUUCCACUGAUAGAGUUCAGCGCAGGAAAAGGGACAUAAUGUCGCUUCUCACUAAGUUUAAACCAGAGGCCAUCAACGAAAAUAUCUCCCAUGCACCAGAAGUUUUAUCUCCUAUUAAACAGUUCUCUAUGGAUAAAGAAGCUCAUAUUGAUGGCCAUAUAAUGAACAAGAAAAUUUAUAAGCUUGGUGACAAGGAACUCCUGGUACUUGUAGCGAAGUCAUCUGGCAAGACAAAAAUCUACUUGGCUACAGAUCUUCCCGAUCCUGUUAUUCUCCACUGGGCUUUGUCCAAAAAUGCUGGUGAAUGGACAGCACCUCCCUCAACUAUGAUGCCCCCUGACUCAGUUUCUAUAGACAAGGCUGCAGAAACAAACUUCACAACCACUUCUGUCAAUAAUCCGCCAUACAAGAUUCAAUCAUUGGAAAUAGCAGUUGAAGAUGAAAACUUUGUGGGGAUGCCAUUUGUUCUUUUGUCUGGUGGAAACUGGAUAAAGAACGGCAGCACAGACUUUUAUGUUGAGUUCAAAACUAGCCCAGCAAAGGUUCAAAAGGAUGCAGGUGACGGGAAGGGAACAUCAAAGUUUUUGUUAGAGAAAAUAGCUGACUUGGAAAGUGAAGCCCAGAAAUCAUUUAUGCAUAGAUUUAAUAUCGCAGCAGACUUAAUGGAUGAAGCGACAAGUGCAGGUGAAGUAGGUCUUGCUGGCAUUCUUGUGUGGAUGAGAUUUAUGGCAACAAGACAACUCAUCUGGAACAAAAAUUACAAUGUAAAACCAAGAGAGAUAAGCAAAGCUCAAGAUAGGCUUACGGAUUUGCUGCAGAAUGUCUACAAAAGUUUUCCUCAGUAUCGUGAAGUUAUACGCAUGAUUAUGUCAACUGUCGGACGUGGAGGUGAAGGGGAUGUUGGGCAACGAAUUAGGGAUGAAAUAUUAGUCAUUCAGAGAAACAAUGACUGUAAAGGUGGACUGAUGGAAGAAUGGCAUCAAAAGCUUCAUAAUAACACUAGUCCUGAUGAUGUUGUGAUCUGUCAGGCACUGAUGGACUAUAUCAAGAGUGACUUUGACAUUAGUGUUUACUGGAAAACCUUGAAUGAUAAUGGAAUAACAAAAGAGCGUCUCCUUAGUUACGACCGUGCUAUACAUUCUGAACCUGAUUUUAGGCCGGAUCAAAAGGAUGGGCUUCUGCGUGAUCUUGGACAUUACAUGCGAACAUUAAAGGCUGUUCAUUCAGGUGCAGAUCUUGAGUCUGCCAUCGCUAAUUGCUUGGGAUACAAAGAUGAGGGACAAGGUUUCAUGGUUGGAGUACAGAUAAAUCCUGUCCAAGGCUUGCCAGGAGGAUUUCCGGAACUACUCCGAUUUGUUGUGAAUCACAUUGAAGACAGAAAUGUCGAAGCCCUGCUAGAGGGAUUGCUUGAGGCUCGCCAGGAGCUUAGACCAUUGCUUUCCCAGUCGAGUGACCGCUUGAAGGAUAUUUUAUUCCUGGAUAUUGCCCUAGACUCUGCAGUUAGAACAGCUGUAGAACGUGGUUAUCAAGAGUUGAAUAAUGCUAGCCCAGAGAAAAUCAUGUACUUCAUCUCUCUUGUUGCUGAGAACCUCACACUUUCCGUGGGUGAUAAUGAAGAUCUCCUUUAUUGCUUAAAGGGGUGGAACUUGGCCCGGAGCAUGUUCAAGAGCAGUGAUGAGCACUGGGCAUUGUUUGCCAAAUCAGUCCUUGAUAGAACUCGGCUUUCACUGGCAAACAAGGCUGAGGCCUACCAUCAAUUACUGCAACCAUCGGCAGAGUAUCUUGGCACACUGCUUGCGGUGGAUCAGGGGGCCGUCGAUAUAUUUACUGAAGAAAUAAUUCGAGCAGGAUCAGCAGCUUCACUGUCCUCCCUUCUCAAUCGACUUGAUCCCAUUCUUCGAAAAACUGCUAAUCUAGGAAGUUGGCAGGUCAUCAGUCCAGUUGAAGCUGUUGGAUAUGUUGUUGUAGUUGAUCAAUUGCUUUCUGUUCAGAAUAAGUCUUACUCAAGACCAACAAUAUUGGUUGCAAAAUCUGUAAAAGGGGAGGAAGAAAUUCCUGAUGGUGCUGUAGCAGUACUUACUCCUGACAUGCCUGAUGUUCUGUCGCAUGUUUCUGUUCGAGCCAGGAACAGUAAGGUUUGUUUUGCCACUUGCUUUGAUCCCAAUAUAUUGGCUGACAUUGAGGCACAUGAAGGAAAGUUGUUGUGUUUAAAACCAACAUCUGCCAAUGUGGUAUACAGUGAGAUGAAAAAUAACGAGCUAGUAACUUCAGCUGACUCAAAUGAAGCUUCAUCUGCUCCAUCCUUGUCUUUGGAGAGAAAGCAGUUCUCUGGAAGAUAUGCGAUAGCAUCUGAAGAAUUUACAGAUGAACUGGUUGGGGCCAAAUCACGCAAUAUUGCACAUCUAAAAGGGAAAGUUCCUUCUUGGGUUAACAUUCCAACUUCUGUUGCUUUACCAUUUGGUACUUUUGAAGCAGUCCUUUCAGAUAAGUCAAAUCAGGUUGUGGGAGAGAAAUUGCUAGUUCUGAAGAGAAAGUUAUAUGAAGGAGACUUUAGUUUGCUUGGUGAGAUUCGAAACACAGUUUUGGAUCUUGCAGCACCACCACAGUUGAUUAAAGAGCUCAAGGAGAAGAUGCAAAGUUCUGGCAUGCCGUGGCCUGGUGACGAAGGUGCAGAGAGAUGGGAGCAAGCAUGGAUGGCCAUAAAGAAGGUAUGGGCCUCAAAGUGGAAUGAGAGGGCAUACUUCAGUACAAGAAAAGUGAAGCUUGAUCAUGACUGUCUUUGCAUGGCUGUCCUAGUUCAAGAAAUAGUAAAUGCUGACUAUGCAUUUGUUAUCCACACCACUAACCCAUCUUCUGGGGAUUCAUCAGAAAUAUAUGCUGAGGUUGUCAAGGGGCUUGGUGAGACACUUGUGGGAGCUUACCCAGGUCGUGCUCUGAGCUUUAUUUGCAAGAAAAAUGACCUGAAAUCUCCUCAGAUUUUAGGUUACCCCAGCAAACCUAUUGGCCUUUUUAUUAGGCGGUCUAUAAUUUUCCGGUCAGAUUCAAAUGGUGAAGAUCUAGAAGGUUAUGCCGGUGCUGGGCUUUAUGAUAGUGUCCCAAUGGAUGAAGAGGAUAAAGUGGUGCUUGAUUACUCAUCUGAUGCAUUAAUAGUUGAUGGUGACUUCCGCCAUUCAAUUCUGUCUAACAUAGGUGUUGCAGCAAAUGCCAUCGAGGGGCUAUAUGGAUCCCCCCAAGAUAUCGAAGGUGUUGUCAAGGAUGGUAAAAUUUAUGUAGUCCAAACAAGACCACAGAUGUGAUCAAAUUCCUUGGACAUGGUCUACUACGGCUAAACAUAAGUCGCAACGAGUAGCAUCUCCUAUUAGGGUAGGUGUCUGAAAGAAUGAGGUAGCAUACACGGAUGCCACGAGUAACUUAUUAUUGGGAGAGAUGGUAUAGAAAUGGUAUUUUCUGGGUCUCCAAUAGUUGAAUUAUUUAUCACUAAUAAAAUGUCGUAGAGUUGGAUGGGCUAAAAAUAAAUGAAUGCUUGACAUGAAGUGCAACAAAGGCCACAAUUUGAGGAAAGAUGAUUACUUAUUUGAGUGGUUGAAUAUAACAUUUUUCUCACUGUUUGUCA